CCGGGCUGCCCGGGCGCCACUGCUCCUGUCCCCCCACCCGCCCCGCCAGCCGGGCCAAAGGGCGGCGUGACUCACGGCGCUGCCACCAGCCCACGGCGGGCCGCGGCGUAUAAAGGCCGCCCAGCCCCGUCCGCCGCCCGAGGUGCGCAGAGCCCGGAGCAUGGCCCGGGGCGCGGAGCGAGGCUGCGGGGGCGCGGGCUGGGGGCUGCGCGGCGCCCUGGCCGCCCUGGCGCUGCUGUCGGCGCUCAACGCCGCGGGCACGGUGUUCGCCCUGUGCCAGUGGCGCGGGCUGAGCGCGGCGCUGCGGGCGCUGGAGGCGCAGCGGGGCCGGGAGCAGCGCGAGGAGGGCGCCCUGCGCGCCUUCCUGGAGGAGCUGAGCCGCGCGCCGCGCCGGGCGCCCCCGCCCCCCGGGGACCCCGCGGGCGCCGCGCGCAACAAGCGCAGCCACAGCGGGGAGCCCGUGCCGCCCCUCCGCGCCGAGAGCCAGGACAUGCUGAUGAUGAUGACCUACUCCAUGGUGCCGAUCCGUGUGAUGGUGGACCUGUGCAACAGCACCAAGGGCAUCUGCCUGACAGGCCCACCUGGCCCACCAGGACCGCCAGGACUCGGUGGGCUACCGGGACACAACGGGUCGGAUGGACAGCCUGGUCCCCAGGGCCCGAAGGGCGAAAAAGGAGCAAAUGGGAAAAGAGGAAAAAUUGGGCUGCCUGGAGCCACAGGAAUCCCAGGGGAAAAGGGAGACCCUGGUGAACUGGGCUUGACUGGAAAUGAGGGCCCAGCAGGGCAGAAGGGUGAAAAGGGAGACAAAGGGGACGUGUCCAAUGACGUGCUCACUGCAGGUGCCAAAGGUGACCCUGGCCCACCAGGCCCUCCUGGCCCACCUGGGCCCCCAGGCCCUCCAGGGCCACCGGGGCCCCCGGGAAGCAGAAGAUCCAAAGGCCCGCGGCAGCCAAACAUGUUCAACGGCCAGUGCCCAGGUGAGACAUGCGCUGUCCCCAAUGACGACACCUUGGUGGGAAAAGCCGAUGAGAAAGUCAAUGAACACCAUUCCCCACAAGCGGAAUCCAUGAUCGCUUCCAUUGGAAACGCAACGCAAGUGCUGAAGGUCACAGAGACAUUUGGGACUUGGAUACGAGAGUCUGCGAACAAGAGUGAUGAGCGGGUCUGGGUGACUGAACAUUUCUCAGGCAUCAGGGUGAAGGAGUUCAAAGAUCAGCCCUCCCUGCUGAAUGGCAGUUACUCGCUCAUCCACCUCCCGUAUUAUUUCCAUGGCUGUGGGCAUGCCAUUUACAACAACUCUCUCUACUACCACAAAGGAGGGUCCAACACCAUAGUGAGAUUUGAAUUUGGCAAAGAAACAUCCCGAACUCUGAAACUUGAAAAUGCCUUGUAUUUUGAUCGAAAAUACCUCUUUGCCAAUUCCAAGACUUACUUCAAUUUAGCUGUGGAUGAGAAGGGCCUUUGGGUUAUCUACGCUUCCAGCGUGGAUGGCUCGAGCAUCCUGGUGGCCCAGAUGGACGAGAGGACCUUCUCGGUGGUGCAGCACAUCAACACCACGUACCCCAAGUCCAAGGCCGGCAACGCCUUCAUCGCCCGGGGGAUCCUCUACGUCACCGACACCAAAGACAUGAGGAUAACAUUUGCCUUUGAUUUGUUAGCAGGGAAACAGAUCAAUGCAAACUUUGAUUUAAGAACUACUCAGUCUGUUCUUGCCAUGCUAUCAUACAAUAUGAGGGACCAGCAUUUAUAUUCGUGGGAAGAUGGCCACUUAAUGCUUUAUCCUGUGCGGUUUUUGUCCGCUGCAUUGAACCAGUGACGCAAUGCAGUCUGCUCCUCUCCAUAAACGUCCGAUGUCCUCAGGCACCGUCUCUAUCCCAACAGAAAGCUGUCUUUAAGGGGGGCCAGGGGCUUCGCUGUCAUAAUCUCAUGACAUGAGUCCUUAUCUGGUUGGUAAAUGCCCUUUCAAUUCAGACUCUUUAGAGGAAGAUAACAGAAACCAAAUGGCUGAGGUUUGGCGAUUCCUCCACCAACCAGCUGGGCCGGGGACCUCUCCCUUCCACAGGGAGCCGGAGAGAGCUGGCUAACACGAUGGGUGAGAUUUUCUCCACGUGUAGGGAAUUCAGUGUUUCUUGGCUAUUGCUGCUGUACAACUUUUAUAUAUUUGGCUGUUGUUGUUUUUGUUUGUUUCUAGCCAUGUGCUGAGCAAAUUGACCUCUGAGUUGAUCGGCCCAAUUGCUUGAGCAAUGAAUUCCUAGUGCCGACUUCUAUUUGGCACCUUGAAGCUGCCCUGGCCCUUUAAGGCUGCUGAAGUAGCACAUUUCCCACAGCUCAUUACCUUUCUCUGCCUCUGCACCUGCACCACAGCACCAGAACGGCCAGCGUCCUCUGCUCCUGGUCACUGAUCCAAGGUUAGCAAAAAGCAGCACAGCCACGUGUGCAGGUUUCCAGUAAAACAUCCACGGGCCCCUCCAGGUUCUUAUCAGCUCUGAUCCCGCUGGUUGGCAGCAGUGGGUCAUAAACGGAAUCCUCUGGUCUCAGGCUCCUGCCACAGCUGUGUCUCCGCUGUCAGAGUGCUGAAUAUUGUGUGGCAUUAACUGGCUACAUCUACGGGAAGCACUCCGCAGUUUUCAGAACAGAAGCACCAUUUGUGGUUAACUGGAACAGGGGCAGGCAAACGAUGGCCCUUGGGCCAAAGCCAUCCCUUCAACUGUGUUUGUAAAUAAAGUUUUAUUGUAACACAGUUAGUUACAUGCAUUAUUAUAAUCGUCUGUGGCUACUUUUGCUCUAUAAUGACGGAGUUGGGUCCCUACAAGAAAGUUGAGUAGUGGUCACAAAGCCUAAAACAUGGGCCGUCUGGCCCUUUGCCCUCCUUUGAUUUAGAAUAUAAAGAGAGCCUGUUUGGGGAAGAGCAUAUUCACCAGAGCUGAUUGUUACGUUUUGGUUUAUCCCAGACCAAGAAGUGGUCAUUUAUAUGGUUUGAGUUUUUGAAAGAGGGAAAGGGUGAGGCCAGCGUAAAACUAAGUGGCCUUCCAAAAAGCAGUAGUGAACUGUCCCUUCUCUCACAUCGUCCUAAAGGAUGUGCUCUGGUCCUCUUGAAAGCAGGAGAAAAUCCAGUUUAACUUACUCCUAAUGCCCUUGAAUACGUCUAUUUCUGCCAGCUUCGUUUUUCAAACAUGCUUCAGCCAGGCCGGGCCACUGAGAGCAGAGAGGAAUCUAGACAGGUACUGGGUCCUGCAGCCAGGAGGGCACCUGAGGAAAAUCUGACGUAGACAUUUUUCAGCAAUUUGUUCUCAUCGAAUACAUGUGUCUGGGGGAAAACUUCUGCAGCUUUUUGAUUGGGGCUAAAUCCAUCCUCUUUGACUCUGAGUCCUGGUUUUAUACCUUACUAAUAGAAGCAUUUUCAAACUCAGAGGGUGUACAGAUUUAGAUUUUAAAUCUCUCCACACCUGAAAAUACCCAGGCAGUUAUGAGGGAAUUUUUUUGUUGUGUUUUCAAAAUAAGGGUUUCUACAACUCCCCUGCCCCACCCCCUGCUCACACACACACACACACACACACACACACACACACACUUAUUAAUUACAUUGGUUAUGUUGUGUCAUCACAGCAUUUAAAAAUACUCUUUUUAGAUUCAUGUUUGUAGAAAAGUAAGUAGAGUUUCAUGUUCAAGAUCAAUGUGUCUAAUGAAUGCCAGUCUGCUUUUAAAGUAUUUAAAUACGUAUGUGGCUGUUUCUGGAUGCAGGGGGCCUGGAUAUGAAGAUAAUUUCAUAGUAACAGCCAUGUUAGUAAUAUUAGUAAUUAAUCGUAUGUGUGGUAGCAACCAAAAUGGUUAGUUGUUAAACUAGCAUAUAUUCCUUUUAGGAAAAAGUUUCAGAAACCCCAGUCUUGCUUGACAUCUGAGCUAUCUUGGUUCCCUGAAUUGUGGGUAAGGAAUUAUAUAUUCACUACCAGAGAAGGUUGUACGGAAAUGUGUGUUUUGUUUUUGCUAUGGCAGAGUAAUAUGAGGACAGCUGAGUUUGAUCAAGGUCUAAAGGGUAAUUUUAUAUGGCUGAAAGUUUGUUUUUACAGAGGGAAAAGAAUAAAGAUUUGACUCAUUCUUUUCUGCAAGCAGCACUUGAUUAAAGACAAAAAGGUGUGGGCUCACUGCUAAAAGAGAACGGACAACCGAAUGCUUUUAAGUUAAGAUAUCAUUUUGGCAGUUUCCCCUCUCACUCAUUACCAGGUGGCUUUAAAGCACUUUCCAAAUAUCUGCCUUUCUGAUGUCAGAAUCAAGCCCGAUAAUUCUCUAGCUCCUCUUUAAUCUGUAGGAGAUAGCUUCCCGGGGGAAAGUAAAUAAAACCGCCCGUCCCGACCUCAGAGGCAGGUUGGACCCUAUUUCAAAGCAUUUUCUCUCAACUGAUAACGUGCCCUCCUGAAGCCACGCAGUGGCUACGGUCUCAGCGUAUCGCGCAGCACAGGUGUUCUGACAGAGAAAGGGUUCUGGCGUGGACGUGUUCAGAUGAGUUCUGAUCGUAGGCAUUUUGACAAUCUUAUUCCCCUCGAGGUCGCAAGGUGAAAAGUCACGUGAGAGACCACAGCUCUGCAGGAGCCAGCUGCACAUUCUGGCCUGUUUGAUGCCAGAGCGUCCGAAGGAGAAGUGUGUGAUAGGGCUUUUCCCCUCUCAUCCAGCUGCUGUGACCUUGGGGAUCAUGUCAUCCAAAGCCACGGUUUCCCAUCUGUAACCACCGAACAACAAAAGAGUAACUGGGACUGUCUCUUUUUUUGUUGUAAUUUAUUUAACUUUAAUCUACCUAGUUAAUAAAAUAAUCACUGCUGAACACAA